AUCAAGGAAUCAAACCCUGCUUAAUAAAUGAAACCUCUUCUCUGACCAGUUCUACUCGAUUCUCCAUGAAUUGCUUCAGCGGCAGAUCAAGACGAGGGCAUCCCCAAUCUGCUCCAUCACCAGCCACUACAGGUUCCGGCGAGGAGGAGGAGGAGGAGCAAGAAGGUGAAGGGAUCAAUGGGCAGAGUCACCGUCGGCAUCGGAGUACGGAUCGCAGCCCCCUCUCCGAUCGCGGUGCCACGGCGACGUCUGCAGCGGCAUCCGCCGCCGUCUCACCCGCCUCCGCCACCAUCAACCUCAGCACAGCGUAUAUGCAUGCUGUCAACACCAACUCCUACAAGGAGAUAUGGCAUACGAUUCACCGCCAUCAUUCGGAGGAGGGGGAGGCGAGUCACUCGGCCGGAACGCCGUCGCCGGACGGCUUGAUUGAGCGCGUCCUUCAGCCGGAUCGGGCCUCCAUCGAGGAAGCCCUUCGCGGCGCGACACCCAAUCACCUGACCCGCCUCAUUUCUGACUACUUCGACAGCAGCGAGAAUACUUCCCUAGUCUGCCUGUCGCUCCGCCGCAUCGUCGAUCGCGCUCGCGCAAUGUAUGCGCCAAUUGGCGAGCUGAUCGAUCUCCUCCCCUCCGCCGAUGGCCAUCACGCUUUCCUGACCCACCACCAGUGCGAUUGGGCCUUCGAUAGGCUCCUGGAAUUCGAUCUGUGUGGUAACCCCUUCCCGGUUCCUUCAUCUAGCGAGGAAUCUAGCUUCCACGGAAUGCGCGGCUGCUUCUCGAACCUCAAGCAGCAGCUGGACCUCCGUCUUUUCAAGGCCCGACGGAAGCGCCGGCUGGCAUACCGCGCCACCCGAGGGAUCGGCGCCGGCUUGAUCUUAUUUACAGUUGGCCUCGCCGUCGCUGGGGCGGUUUUGGCUACUCACGCGAUAGUCGUCAUCAUGGUCGGGCCGUCCAUCGUUAUCGGCGGAUGUCUUCCUACAAGAGAUCUGCGUGGAGGAUCGAGGCCGCGGCAACGUGAUUACAUGGCCCAGCUCGACGCUGCCUCGCGUGGGGCGUACGUGCUUAACAACGACCUAGAGACUAUCGAGCGCCUGGUGGCGAGAUUGCACGCGAACGUGGAGAGUGACCGGGACCUGGUGCGGCUGGGUUUGGAGAGCGGGAGGGGGCAGCAACAUCAAAUCGAGGAGGUACUGCGUCAGUUCCGUAGAAAUCAUCCUAGCUUCCUCAACCAGCUCGAGGACCUCGAAGAACACAUUUGCUGCUUCUUAGCCUCUAUUAACAGUUCCAGAUCGCUUCUCCUCAGGCAAAUUCAACAUCAGCCACCACCUCCUUGAAGUACGGGUUUGGAAUUCUUCCUCCUUGAAUUAUGGGCAACAUUUUUUUUUUUUUUUUGCCAACUUACCCGAUGUCAAGCGAGCACAUUUCCACUUCCUUUCUAUUAGAUCAGCGAUAUGGAGUCAAUUCUUUAUUAAACACUGAUAGAUUUAUUUAUUAAACACUGAUAGAUUUGUUCAACCUCUGAAGAAUGGUGGUUUGUCCUACAAUUGGAGAGGACAUUACAUAUCUUCCUGAAAGAUAGUGUUAUAACAAUGCUGUAUUCCUACAAAUAAAAUAAUAAAUGAAUGAAUAUGCCUCUUGGUUG